AUGAAGCUUCAAAACGCUUCCAUCGUCGCAGCGGCACUGCUGCUGCCCACCGCAGCAGCCGUCAAUACGACGGUGGACCUUUCGUACAGCAAGUACAAGGGCAUCUCGCUGGAAAACGGCAUCAGCCAAUGGCUCGGCAUACGGUUCGCAGCGCCGCCCGUGGGCAGCUUGAGGUUCAUGCCGCCCCAGGAUCCCCCCCAUACGAGUGGGUUGCAAAGGGCAGACAAGCAUGGCAAGUAUUGUUUGGCAACUAUGGCGAACCCAAAGAGCAAAAAGACAUCCGAGGACUGCCUCUUCUUGGAUGUGCAGGCUCCUACAAAGGCCACACCCAACUCAAAGCUGCCCGUAUUCCUCUACGUCCAGGGAGGAGGCUUCAGCACCAACUCCAACCCCAACAUCAAUGCCUCGGGGCUCAUCAAGGCGAGCGACUUCAGCAUGGUCGUCGUCAGCUUCAACUACCGCGUCGGACCCUACGGCUUUCUCACCGACGGCAAGCAUAUCUCGGCCAACAACGGCCUCCGAGACCAGCUCAAAGUCAUGGAGUGGGUGCAGAAGCACAUUUCCAAGUUCGGGGGCGACCCCAAGCACGUCGUGCUCGGCGGGUCCAGCGCCGGCGCCGAGAGCGUCGUCUUGCACAUGACGUCCAACAACGGGACGGGGCAGAAGCUGUUCCACGGCGCCAUUGCCGAGUCGCCCUCGUUUGCCACGAUGCUCACAGUGUCCGCGUCUGCCUACCAGUACCGUCACCUAGCGACACGCCUCGGUUGCGUCGGCCGCGAUAGUCUCGGCUGCCUCCGGAACAAGACGGCCGCGGAAAUGCAGGCGCAAAACAUCAAUAUCCCGCUCCCCGGCGCCGCCUCGGCCCCCAACUACAUGUACGUGCCCGUCAUCGACGGCGACCUGGUACCCGACUACACCUACCGGCUCCUAGAGCAGGGCAAGUUUGCCAGGAUGCCGGCCAUUUUCGGAGACGACAGCAACGGAGGCACACAGUUCACCCCCGAGAACACGUCGACGCUGGCCGAGAGCAACCAGUACAUCUUGGACCAGUACCCCUUCAUGAACCUGGAUCAGCUCAGCGAAAUCAACGAGCUGUAUCCAAACCCGAAUAACACCUGUCCCAGCAAGGGCUGCUACUGGAGGCAGGUCAGCAACGUCUACGGCGAGGCGCGCUACAUGUGCCCGUCCCGUGCCUUCACCUCGGCGCUGGCCGGCGCCGGCGUCAACAACUCGUUCGCCUAUCGGUGGAACGUGGAGGAUCCUGAGCAGGUGAAACAGGGCCUCGGCGUGCCGCACACGGUCGAACUCAACGCCCUUUGGGGGCCCGAGUAUUCGCCCAAGCCGCCAAAGAGCUAUAAGAAGGGUGGCAGGAACGAAGAGGCAUCGCCCGUCAUACAGCGAUACUGGACCAACUUUAUCCGGACCUAUGAUCCGAACAAGGGCGGCUCAGGAAGCCCCGACCGCAACCAGACUGCGAAAUGGGAGCCGUGGUCCAAGGGGACGCAGGCACGACUCGUCUUCCAGACCGGGGGCAAGGCUGAGAUGGAGCCGUUUGGCGAUGCGCUGAACAAGAGGUGUGAUUUUUGGGCCAAGAAUGGCAUCUCGAUGCGAUUAUGA